AAAUCGUAUGCGAAAAUUGGAAUGAAACUAUGGCGAAUUUUCUAUAGAGACGUGGUGGGGACCGUGGGGACUACUAUUACACAAACCUCAAAAGACUCACGUCAAAACAAAAAAUUCGUAUCUUAUAUAUGAAAGAAGUUUGAGGUAAAAGAAAAAUGUGGCAUUGUGGGACGCUGUAAAUCUUAGAUUUAUAGAAGUGUUGGAUGAUGUACAAAAGGCAUGCCGCACCAUGAGCUCCGUUUCAAGUGCGUGAUAAUGCUUUGGAUUUACCGGAUAACAAGUUUGUACGUUUAUUUCGUUUAAACAAGGAGAUGCUCCAAGAAAUCAUUGAAAUUGUACAGGAACGUACGGAAGAACCAUCAAGAAAAUCCGCGUUAAAUGCUGAAGUCAAGAUUUUCUCAAAAGCAUGGUAUGCCAGCUGUAAUUGGCUGUCUUGAUUGCACACACGUCGCUAUAACUGCACCCCCUGUCGACGCAUGUAUUUCCUGGAAAUACGCAUGAUAGUUUUAUUUGAGAGAACAGCAAUGUACUGCCCGUAAUGAGGCAAUUACAUGAUACAGGAUACACAAACUUCUAUUUAUUAGGAGAUUCCGGAUAUACACUUCGGCCGUGGCUUCAAACAACAGUCGAUGAUGCCCAACCUGGCACACCGAAAGAUUCAUACAACGAGUGUCACAGAAGUACACGUGCUACUAUAGAACGCUACAAUGGCUUACGCAAGACGCGAUUUCGUUGUCUCUUAAAGCACCCCGUCUCGCAUUAUUCUUCUCACAGAACAUCAAAAAUUAUCAAUGCAUGUGCUGUAUUGCACAAUUUGUGUAUUGAAUAUCAUUUGCCUAAUCCCCCCGCAUUUGAUAACGACGAAGGCGAUAUCGAAGAGGAACAUGCUGGACACAGCAUGUGUCCAGUAAUUCUUAGGAACGAAAUUCCAAGUCUUUUGUAGGUUUUCCAGGUCAAGAAGUCAAGUAUUUCCAAGUCUCCUUUUUUUACAUGAAAUAAUGAAAGGAUCAUUUUUUUAUAGAUUUAAAAAAUGAGCCAUUUCAUUUGUUAUUUGCCAACAAUUUUUA